AUGCGAGCUUCUUCAGAGGAGCCAUCUAGCCGUCGUGAAGCAGGCGCCUGUGCUGGCUGUCACGAGAAGCUCAAACAAAGUUGUCAGAUGAGCGCUUCUACUCAGCCGACCUCCUCAAUGAGCCGAGAAAGCUAUGUGUUAAUUUUGGCCAGUUUCUACGCUGCACUCGCCAUGUGUGCGUGGAUUUUCACUUGUGUUCUAUCCGUGCGUCCGGUGACAACACAAGAUUACAGUGUCAAGAUUGGGAAUGGCAGUCCGUAUCCCUUCUCCACUUCGGACGACGGAUUCCAGAAGAUGGUAGAAAUCUCCAGGGAGCUACGCUCCCUGUAUUCGCGCAAUCAACAAUGGUAUCGUGCUGCUCGGGUUCUACAGUCUCUCGUUGGUGUCUUGACUUUACCACUCACAACGGCAGUGUGCUCAAGCACAGCUGUCGUUUUUAUUCAAAGACGACAGAGCCACGGCAGCCUUAGCCUUCGUCAAACCAUGGCACUGGCAGAUAAAACCUGGACCAACAUUCCGUCAUAUGCAAAAAUCUUUCCGUUUGUCGCAACAACGGAAUGGAAUAGAUACGGAAGCAGUCUGUUGCAGUUGGCUAUCUUUUUGAAUGUCCUUGGUGUCGUUACUUCACCUAUGCAGCAAAUCUUCCUUUCCACAAAAGUUAUCAAGACUCCGACCGUACCGCAAACCUAUGAUUUUGUUGGUGAUAUUCCAAAUCAGUUUCAGGAAGAUGAUUAUCCACGUACAAGAAAUCCCCUUGAUGAUGCAGUUUUGGACAAUACCACCGACAGCAAUAAAGUUGUAGUCCUCACUCGAGCCGCUAUGGCAUCUGCAACUACUGCAGACUUCCAGUCACUGCUGUGGUAUGAUUUGCACAAUGCCUGUCCUCCAGAAUUACUGGGGUCUAACGGCGCAUGCAGCCAGCUAGCCGUCUCAUUUGGACAUUUUGACCCCUUGGGGGUUCCACCAGAAAACGACGCCUUUCUCGCACAGCUGCCCGUUGGCUUCAACUCCGGGCUCAUCAGGCAGUUCGCUCCUCGUAUAAACUCAAGCACAAAAUUCACUCAGAUCGCCUCUCAUGAAUUUUCCAGGGAAUGUGAGCAGACGCAUGGUUCCUUUUUCAUGGAUUACGCAAGUGCUCCUGACUUGCGAAGUACGCCAUCAUAUGGGUGGGCAAUUCAGGCGUGUAUGCCUGGUGAUCUGGCCAGGACACCAUGGAAGGCUACCAGGUCUCGGCAAGACUUCUCCGAGGAUUUAUUCUUGAAUAUGACCUUAAAAAGCAGCGAGGCGUGGAACAAUACGUUCUAUAAACUCACUCUCAACACAACUGCGGGAUAUUUUGAAUUGCCAAACUACAUGAAUGGCGAGGUAGCUGGAUCUCUGCUGGAUAAAGAUCCCAAUGACCUAUGUGGAAUAGAUUGCAUGACGCAAGGUUCUGAUUUGGAAGCCCAAUCCCCUAUCCUUCACCACGAUUUCCGCAGGAACGAACCAAAAUCCGGUCACAGUACAGAUGGCCCAAUUCGGCCCCUUGAGACGGUGAAAAACAAAGGCCCUCUACUUACCAUCGCAUUGGCUAUGUUUGGCGAAGGAUCUUUCCUCCAGCAGAACUCUUUUGGGUACAAAAGCCCUAGUCAAAUCCAUGAUGACCUGAGUCGCUCUACUGAGUUCUGCACGAAUUUACUUCCCCUGCAAUUCAUUUUGGACCCCAAGAUAUGGACCUCUAUGCAAGAUAUGCAUCAUGCGUCCGGAACAUGCAUACGAGAGAAUGUUGUCAACUGGAUGAGGUUUUUCCACUUGGAUAUUUUCAGUGAGUAUCUUGGUUUUCAUCCGAACAAUCCCGCCUCAUUGGUGGAGAGCUCGUUCAAAAUCGCCGCAUUCUUGGCCAAUAAAGCUUGGAUGGAGAGCAAAGUUGGAUCCUUGGCAGUGAGCUAUGACUUGGGAGCCGACUCGCAAGUACCGUCUAUCUCUCGAGCAGGCAUAAUCAUCAUAUCGUGUCUACUUGGACUAGAUCUGCUCAUCCUUGUCCCGCUUGCAGCCUACGCAGCGUGGACCCCUCGCUGGACUUCUCAGCUGGACUCAUUUGCCAUGAUGAGAAUAGGGGCUACAUUAGGGGACAAAGUUCCGUUACUCAUGAAGACAGACAAGACGGAUAUCAAAAUAUUGGAUGAACUUCCCGGGUGGAUCGGAGAUAAUUCUCAAGAAGAUGAUCCUGCUGGGACCUUAGCACUCGGGGGAUUGAGGCCAUUGGCAGAUCGAAAAGACGGACUAUUCAAAUGCUACGCAGAAAAUGCGACCCCUUUCGUGUUGAAAAUACGUCAGGCUGUCGUAGGCGUCUUCCGUCGCCGCUAG